CUUCUCCCUCCCGAAUCCAAACCCAUCAUCCUCUUCCCUCCACUCCACUGCCACUCGCGCCACAAGCUCCUCCCACUCCAAUGGAGGCUGUCCUACGACACCCAUCCCUUUCCCGCCUCAAACCCCCCAACCCCAAUGCUCAGAGAACUCCAGCCCUCUCCAUCACCGUCCCUUUCCGGCUUCGUCUCCCCAACCGGCGGCUCACCGCCGCGGCGGUGUUCCAGGACCAGACCAACCCAAGAAACCCAGCGAGCAAGGGAGGCGACGACGAUGAGGCGUACGGCGAGGUGGACCGUAUUGUGUCCAGCCGCACCAUCAAGAAUCCGGUGUUCGCGGAGGACGGCUCGGCCACCACGGUCACCGCCACGGAGUACCUCGUCGAGUGGAAGGACGGGCACGAGCCUUCGUGGAUCCCGGCGGAGGCCAUAGCGGCGGACGUGGUGGCGGAGUACGAGACGCCGUGGUGGACGGCCGCCAAGAAGGCGGACGCGGCGGAGAUCACUGCGCUACUCGCGGACGAGACGCUGCGGCGUGACCCCGACGCGGAGGAUGCGCAGGGGCGCACGGCGAUGCACUUCGCCGCGGGGCUUGGAUCCGAGGAGUGCGUGCGCGCGCUCGCCGAGGCCGGGGCCGACGUGGGGCGACCCGAGCGCGCCGGCGGCGGGCUCACGCCGCUGCACAUCGCGGUCGGGUACGGGCGCCCGGCGGCCGUGCGCGCGCUGCUGGAGCUGGGCGCCGAGCCGGAGGCCCCCGACGGGCAGGGCCGGACGCCGCUGGAGCUGGUCCAGGACGUGCUCGCGAAGACGCCCAAGGGCAACCCGGCGACGUUCGAGCGGCGGCUGGCGCUGGAGGCGGCGGCGAAGGAGCUGGAGAAGGCCGUGUACGAGUGGGGCGAAGUGGAGAAGGUGGUGGACGGCCGCGGCGAGGGCAAGUGGCGGGAGUACUUGGUGGAGUGGCGCGACGGCGGCGACAGGGAGUGGGUGAGGGCGGCGUGGGUGGCGGAGGACCUGGUGAAGGACUUCGACGCCGGGCUGGAGUACGCCGUCGCGGAGGCCGUCGUCAACAAGAGGGAGGCGGCGGAAGGGGAGGGGAAAUGGGAGUACCUUGUCAAGUGGGUGGACAUCGAGGAGGCGACGUGGGAGCCCGCGGAGAACGUCGACGCCGAACUCCUCCAGGAGUUCGAGCAGCGGCAAUCUGGGGUGGCUGCUGGCGGUGAUGCUCCGCCGCCGCCGCCGGUCGCCGGGUGACAGCGUGUCGCCGUCGACGGAGGGUGUUCGAUUCUUCCUGGUUUUGCUGUGUUUAACAGAACGGGAUAAAAUGUUUGUGCUGCUGCAAAAUGUAUCAUUAGCGCUUUGAUAAUUUUUGAGUUGAGCAGAACUUUAACCUCAGAUUGCAAUUUGAGAAUGUGAAGAGUUUCAGAAAA